AUGUCCUCUCUCGUGUCUGAGUUCAUCAUUAAUCCCGUUCUCCGACAAGCCCGGCGACUUUCCGAGAUAUCGCGAGCCGCUCCGGAGCAGCCGGCCCGCGUAGACAACCAUGCAACGACGACACCGCCUCGCCCAGGUGCGCCGCCGCAAGUUAUCGACAGUCACGCCAUCGUAGACUCUCCUCCCACUCCUCGCCCAGCAACUUCUUCGACGCAGUCUACGAGUGUGGAAUCACCGCAAACUGAGGAUGCUAGGCCGUGGGUGUACCCCGAGCCGCCAGUCACCCCCACUCGGGAUCAAACGCCAGGAACUGCCACAGCCACUAUGCCUGUGGCAGUCUCCGAACCCCUGCCCGAGGAUGAUGGGAUGGGUCGCCUCCGCCAGCGACUAAUCACAAUUCAGUCCAUGGACGUCCCCUCGGUUGAGAAGGCGAGGCUCAUGCAUGAUGCCUUAAUGGAGGGAUAUCGGAACUCGCAGCGCCAGGGCAAAGACGGAGAGUCUGUGUCUCCGCCGCGUCCCAUCCCUGCCGGAGAAGCCUGGGAGCAGUCUUUAGCUCUCAGCCCCCUCGAUGCGCUCAAGUUCUGGCAACACCCGCUCGGAGAAGUCUCGCCAUCCGAAAAGUUUAUCCUUACCGCCGACGACGUGAAGCCGACCUACGCAGUAGUCGAGGGUCAGGUAUCCACGACCAUACUGGGAUGCCAACACUACCGACGAAAUGUCAAGCCGCAAUGCUCAACCUGCCACAAGUGGUAUUCGUGCCGGUUCUGCCACGAUGCGGCGGAAGAUCAUGCUCUCAUUCGGAAGGAUACUAAGAACAUGCUAUGCAUGCUGUGCGCCUGCCCCCAGCGCGCUUCAGAUACCUGCAUCAACUGCGGAGCGACGGCGGCGAGGUAUUACUGCAACAUUUGCAAAUUCUGGGACGACCAUCCGUUGAAGAACAUCUAUCACUGCAAUGACUGCGGCAUUUGUCGACGGGGCAUAGGUCUGGGGAAGGAUUUCUUCCACUGCAAGACGUGUUGCGCCUGUAUAUCAAUUGCCACCUUAGGGUCACAUAAGUGCAUAGAGCGGUCAACAGAUUGCAACUGCCCUAUUUGCGGCGAGUACAUGUUUACCUCGCCGAAACCUCUAAUUUUCAUGCCCUGUGGGCACAGCAUCCACAAGAAAUGCUACCAGGAGUAUGGGAAGACGUCCUACAAAUGCCCCAUUUGCAACAAGGCCUUCCGAAAUAUGGAGUCCCAGUUCCGCAACCUCGAUGCUGCCAUCCAGAGCCAGCCGAUGCCGCCGGAAUUUCAAGAUACGAAAGCAACUGUGCUGUGCAACGACUGCUGCGCGAAGAGCACGACCAAAUAUCACUGGCUCGGUCUAAAAUGCAUGAUUUGCCACUCUUACAACACGGUCGAGCUGCAGAUCUUGGGUGGAAAUUCCCACCACCCCGUUCCAAAUGCGCCUGAUGCGCAGGCAAGGCAAGACGUUGCAACCCCGGCGCAGUCGCAGGCACUGCUAGCGGCAGGUCAAGAAGGCAACGGCGAGUCAUCUACGGAGCAAGCCACCGGGGCGAUGGCAGUUAGGAGGCGAUACUCGUCGCAUGACCAAGAAAUUAGGUAUGCGAUUGAUCCGAGGCUCGCACGGUCCUUGUCGCCAGGCCAUGGGAUGGAAAUUCCGAUUGCAGCGGCCAGCGGCACGGCAGAAGAUGACUUAGGCGAAGACAUGCUCGGCUUCUGGUCAAGAGAUGGAGGCAAUGGCGCGGCCUAUAGUGACGACGACGACCCCGGCUCCUAUUAUGAUGAUAGUGAUUCCCUUCCAGAUCUCAACGAAGAGGAAGAGGACGACGAAGAUUCUGAUGAUGACAUACUUCUUAUUGGGCAUAGGUAA